AUGGCAUAUUAAUCACAAUGCAAUUCUCAAAUGAAUACCAAUCAUUCUUUAAAACCACCUGUGGACUCUCUAUUAGGAAAGGUAGUGUGCAAAAAUUACCUUAUUGUAUCCAAAAUUAAUGAAGGGUCAUUUGGUAAGGUGUAUAAGGCUAUUCACUAAAUUAAACAAGAUUAUUAUGCAGUCAAAAUUGAGGCCUAAGAACAUAGAUAAAAAAAGGGAGAGACUUUGAGAUUGGAGGCAGAGAUUCUCAAAAAACUUAAUGGUGAAAGAGGAAUCCCUAGGUUAUACUAUUAUAUUGAAGAUUCAACUUAGAGGGUGCUUGUUGAAACCUUAUUGGGAAGGAACCUUGAUGAAUUGUAUAGUUUAUGCAACCACAAAUUUUCUUUGAAAACCGUCUUACUCUUUAUGGACCAAGCCAUUAGUCGAUUAGAAUAUCUUCAUUCCUAAGGGUAUAUUCACAGAGACAUUAAGCCAGAGAAUUUCAUGAUAGGAAUUCCUCCAAAUGAAAACCUCAUAUAUCUCAUUGACUUCGGACUCAACGCCCCAAUUUAUGAUUCAUAAAAGAGACUGUUGCCAAAAUUAAAAGGCCAACCAUUAGUAGGAACUGCUCGCUUUACCCCAAUCUGUUCUCAUUAAGGAUAUAGUUAAAGCAGAGCAAGCGAUUUAGAGUCUUUAGGUUAUUUGGCCAUAUUUUUUUUAAAAGGUUCUCUCCCUUGGAUGAAGGUCGAAGCUUAAACCAAAGAGGAGCGAUUUUAUUUAAUUGGGUAAAAGAAGAUGAGAGAAACUCCUAUGUCAUUGUGUGUGGGAUUACCUCGAGAGUUUGAGGGAUAUUUCAACUACAUUUUCAAUGUUUCUCAUGAUACUGAACCUUCUUACGGUUACUUGAGAAAGUUGUUAAAAGGGUUGAUGCAUAGAAUGCAAUAUAAUGAUAAUGUUUUUGACUGGUAAGAGAUUAUUAAGAAGGAGGAGGAGAGUAAGAAAGGUUCUAAUAAAAAGAUAAAAUUAAAUGCUUAAACCUAACAAUUCAAACCCAUUGAAUCUGAGGAUGAGCAGGAUAGUCCAAAGGUGGCUAUGAUGUAAUCAAAAGAUUCGAAAAAAAGCUCGUCAAAUUUUCUUAAAAGAAGUAUCACUGAUCAAUUGAAUUUCUAAAAAUAAUAAAGUAUCAAUCAAAGAAAUAACAUCGAACUCUUAAUUUCACAAAAUGAAUUGCUUAAUCUGAGAUUGAAGAAGAACCUGAAAAUUUUGGCUUCGGAGUUAUGA